CAGCGCUGCCGCGCAGGUGAAACCCCCCCUCCUCAUUCUGGGGGGGCUCCCGCUGCGCCCCCACAGCGCGUCUGAGGCGCGCACAUGCCCCCGGGCUGCCGCUGAGCCGCUGGUGAGGAUGAGGAGGAGGAGGAGGAUGGCGAGGAAGAGGAUGACGGGUGGGAAGCGCGGCGGUGGCGGGAGGGGUCGGGAAAAGGGCGUUCGAGGUGACGGGAGUGUGGGAGGACACAGCUGAAGGAGCGCUGCUGCAUCGCCCCCUCCUCCCCGCAGCCGCCUGUCCCCCCGGGGACCCGGCUGUCCCCAGCCAGCCCGCGCUGGCACCGAGCACGGCUCCGGCUCCGUGUCCCUGCCGCGACACCGCGCUGGGCUGAGGAUUUUUUGGGGACCGCGAUCCCCGGGCCGGUGGGGAGCCGAGCAUCACCUCCAGGGCGAGCUGCGCAUCGCGCUCUGGCGACAACACAGCAUCUCCGGCCACCGGGGGAAACUGAGGCACAGCACUGCCGGCCGCCAAGGGAAACUGAGGCAGCGGGCAGAGGCUGCCCACCGCUCCUGUGCCGUGUCACCGCUCCUGUCCCGUGUCACCACGGCACCCCGGCAGCGCGCUGGGCACGCCGGAGGGGCCCGGGCUGAGGGCAGGAGCCGCCGGGCGCUGCCAGGAUCCGGCCUGCCCGGGACGGCGCUGAGCACCACAUGAGUGUCGGAGCAGCAUGGCCAGCGACGCGAGGAUGGGGGAGACCCCGGCGCGGUGGAGAAGAGCCCCGGAGGCCGCGCAGGACCCCCGGGGGAUGGAGAGCAGCGGGAUGCUUUUAUCCCGAAGCGCCGCUGCCGAGCUGGGACUCGCGGGCUACCCGGAGCCCGGCAAGCUGAGCUACGCCGUGGAGAAAGGAUGUCCCUGGAGGGGCUCCGAGGGAUGCCUGGGGCCCGUCCGGGAGCUCGCCGCUGGCCGCCUGGGCUGUCCCUACGCCCCGGCCCCGCCGUGCCUGAGCCGCCCCAAGGACGGAGCCGAGCUGCCCCCGCUGCCGCCGCCCCGGAACGGGCAGCCCAAGGCGGGCUGGGGGGAGCCGGGCAAGGAGCGCCCGGGGCCGCGCUGGGCCGAGGCCGUGCUGGCCCCGCUGGCCCUCUACAGCCACGCGUACCAGCGCUACCCGCUGCCCGUGCCCGGGCUGGACACGCCGCGCCCCGGCACGGCCGGCAAGCCCCGCAGCGCGGCGGGGGACGCGGCCGGAGACCCCCCGGCCUUCCCGCACUGCCCCUUCCUCGUGGAGGCCAAGCACGGCCCCUUCCUGCUGUCCUCGCUGCUGCCCGCCGGGCCCCCGGCCGAGCCCCCGUUCGGCGGCGCGGGGGCCGAGGGGCCGGGCCCGGGGGGCGACGGGCGCUUCGCCGGCCUGGACUGGCCCUUGGGCUCCUACCGCCCCCCCUGGGGACAGCCCCUCUACCUGGGGGUCCCGCCGAGGUGCAAGGCGGCUCCAGCCCCCUUCGACGGCUUCUCCGGCUCAGGGAACAAGGAGUUUUACGCCAAGAAAGGACCCGGGUUCCACCCCUCGGCCAAGAACCACGCGGCGCCGCAGCUGCUGGGCAAGAGCCGAGCAGGGCACGACGGAGACGGGGAGGGGGAGCCGGCGGUGCCGGAGCUGCCGGCAGCCCCGUGGAGGGAUGGCCGGGCGGGGGGCAGCUCGGCGGUGCCCGCUCCCCAUCCCCGCACGCCUCCCCCCGGCGCCAGCCGCCCCCUGUUCCUGCUGCAGCCCGGCUCGGGGGGCUCGGGGGGCUGCGGGGGGCCCUGGGUGGGCGCGCGGCCCCACGCCGCCGAUUUUUCCAUGGACACGGGGCCGGGCCGGCCCUUGGAGCCCAAAGACGAGCUCCUGGGCUACCGAAGCGCCCAGCCCGGCUCGCCCCCGGCGUGCGGGGAGCCCCAUCUCUCGCACCCAGCGGCUCCGGCCAAGCCCGAGCCCCCCCCGGGCUGUCUGUGCCCCACGCCGGGCUGCGAUGGGUGCCCGGGGGUGCCCAACCCCUUCGAGCCCCCCCUGGGCAUGGCCGGGGGGCGCUUUCCGUGCCCCCCCAGCAACCACACCAAGCUGAAGAAGACGUGGCUGACGCGGCACUCGGAGCAGUCGCUGCCUCGCUCCAAAGCUCCCCGGCGGGACGGGGGUCCCGAGCCCCCCGGGGAGGGCAAGCGCUCGGCCAAACGCCCCCACGGCACCGCCGAGGGUCCCCGCCCCGCCGGAGAGGGCGCCGGGGCGGCCAAGAGGGGCACCAAGGGCACCGCGGGUGAUGGCACGGAGAGCGCGGGUGACGCCGAGGAGAGGAGGAUGGAGCUGGGAGAGGAAGCGUGCCAGUCACAGGAUGCUGGAAUGCUUUGGGGUGGAAGGAACCAUAAAAAUGACAUUAAAACCCUUCCAGUCCCAACCCCUUGCCGUGCCCAGGGACACCUUCCACCACCCCAGGCUGCUCCAAGCCCUGUCCAAGCUGUCCUCGGGCACUUCCAGUCCCUCGCGGCUGCUGUGGAUGGGGCUCCGCGGUGUCCCCAAGCGCUUCCCGUGUCCCCAGAGCCGCCGAGCCGUGCGGGGGAGCCGUGGUGCCUGCAGAGCCUGCCCUGCACGGCGCUGCCCCCCGGCAUCCCCCGCUGCUGUGCCUGCGCCCCCCGCGCCGGGGGGGACCCCGAGGGCGAGGAGGAGGAGCCCCCCGAGAGCACCUGCAGGCUGCUGCACUUCCGCAGGCUCGCCCUGGGGGACAGCGGCGAGCUGAGCGUCGAUGGCCUCUGCAGCCUGCGGGAGGCCGAGGGGGAAGCGGCCGGCGCUGCCCCGGGGCUCCGGAGCGCGGGGAGCAGCCUCUGCCUGGCCAAGUACCUGCUGGGGGUCCUGGGGGACCCCUUCUGCGCCGCCGUCCGCAGCGACAGGGACACGUGGCCGGGAGCCCCCGGCGGGCCCGAGGGGGUGACGGGCUGGCGGCGGGGGGAAGGAGCCCCCCAGCUCUGUGACGCCUGCCAGCGUGGCUUCUUCAACUCCCACUGGAGCUGCGCCAGAUGUGGCUUCCAGCUGUGCCCCGAGUGCCACCGCAGCCGGCGGGAGGAGAGUGGCGCUGAGGGUCCGGCGCUGCCCCCGGAGUGUGCCCCCGGGCGGGACCACCACGUGUCAGCGCUGGUCCCCACGCAGUUCGUCCCCACCUGUGUCCUGACCCGGCUCUGGAAGCUCCUGCACGAGGUCAGGGCCAAGUUUGGCAUCGAGUCGCGCUGUCCCUGCGGGGCGGGGGCCGCGGAGCAGAGCCUGGCGGAGCCCCCGGGCAGGCAGGAGCCGCCGGGGGCCGCGGUGCCCGCCGUGCCCCCCCGCAGCCACGGCCCCGCCGACCCCGCCCGGCCCAUCAAGGAAGAGAGCCCCGAGGGGGGGCCGCCGUCCCCGGGGCAGCCCCCGGCGCGGGGGGGGGCGGUGCAGAGCACGACCCUCUGCGACCUGCUGGCCUCCACCGCCGUGAAGCUGUGCCUGGGCCAGGACGGGGUGCGCAUGGCCUUCGCCCCCGUGGCACCGGCGCUGCCCAGCGACAAUCGCCUGACCAGCAUCCUGGACAGCAUCAUCGCCCGCGUGGUGGAGAAGAAGAUCCAGGAGAGGCAGGCGGGGGCCGAGCUGAGCCCCCCCGGCUCUCCGGACCCCCCCGCAUCCCACUGCAUCCUGACCCCCAGCGGGCUGCUCUGGCUGCACGAGCCGGGCCACGCCAGCAACUACAAACUGUUCCAGGAGCACUGGAGGCAGGGCCAGCCUGUGCUGGUUUCAGGGCUGCAGAAGAGGCUGGAGCCGCGGCUGUGGGCGCCCGAAUCCUUCCAGCCCCCGGGGCAGGAGGAGGAGGAGGUGGAGGCCGUGAACCUGCGGGCACCGCGGAGCCGGGUCCGGAUGAGCAGCCGCCAGUUUUGGGAUGGCUUUGCCGCCAGCACAGCAUCCCCCGAGCAGGAGCAGGGCAGCGGGGACCCGCUGAAGCUGGAGCGUGCCCUUGGGGACACGGAGCUGAGCCGGGCCACCAACCUGCAGGCCAGCCUGCCCCUGCCCGAGUACUGCGGGGCCAGCGGCCGCCUCAACCUGGCCAGCUACCUGCCGGGCCGGCGGGGCCGGCGCUGGCUCCGCCCGCGCGUCUGCGUGGCCUACGGCGCGCAUCCGCAGCAGCAGAACUUCGGGACCAAACCCCUGACGGUGGAAGCGGCCGACUCCAUCACCGUCCUGGCGCACUCAGAGCCCGCUCCGCGGGAGCUGCCGCUGCCCGCGGGCGCGGAGGAGCUGGAGGCGGCGCAGCGGGCGCGGCUCGGCGCCGGGGCGCGGCCCGGGGCGCUCUGGCACAUCUUCCGCGCCGAGGAUGCCCCGCGGAUCCGCGAAUUCCUGCGCCGGGUGGGCGCCGGGGGUCCCGAGCCCGCUGCGGAGCCCGGCUCCGCUCGGCCCGGCACCGCACGGGAGCCGGGGCGCGACGGGGCGGCCCCGGCGGAGCCCCCCGGGCGCUACCUGGAGCCCGGGCUGCGGCGGCGGCUGCGGGACGAGUGCGGGGUGAGCGGCUGGAGCCUCCUGCAGCUGCCGGGGGACGCCGUGCUGGUCCCCGCCGGGGCUCCCCACCAGGUGCAGAGCCUCGGCGGCACCAUCAGCGUGGAGCAGCAAUUCCUGUCCCCGGAGAGCGCCGUGCGCCUCCGCCACCUCGGCACCGGCCCCGCCGGGACCCCGCGGCAGCUCCGCGCCCAGCUGGACGGGAUGAUGUUCGCCGCCGUGAGGGAGGCGCUGGGGGUCCUGCGGGGCUGCCAGUGAGGGCACGGAGCGACGGGAGGACACCGGGAGCCUCGGGCACGGCCGGGGCACCGCGGGGAGCCGGCACCGGGCGCCUUCUGCUCGGUGCUUCGCUCCCAGAGCUGCCGGGAGGGCUCGGGGCAGGAGCAAUAA